ACAAUAAAAUAAUGUAGAUAUCAGCAAACACUGAUGUAGAUCCAGAAAUAUGGAUCAACAAUUUUACAAUUUAGAGACGCAAUUAAAUGAAAAACUAAGAAAUUUCUCAUAUUUACAAUACAGUUGAUAAUGGCGCCGAUUUACAUGAAACUUAUUCUAGAAUGUCAGCAAACACUGAUGCAGAUUCAGAAUUAUGGAGACAAUUUUACAAUUUAGAGACGCAACUAAAUGAAAAACUAAGAAAUUUCACAACACAUCCAGAAAUAUCUUAUAUUUAUAAUCCGGUUGAAUAUGCCGCCGAUUUACAUCAAGCAUAUUUAAAAAAAUACCUUAAGGGAGGUAAAAAAGUAUUAUUUAUUGGUUUGAAUCCAGGAGCUAAUGGUAUGGGGCAAACAGGUAUACCCUUCGGCAAUAUUACUACCGUUAAAGAUAUAAUGGGACUUAAUGGUACCGUUAACCAACCGCCCAACGUUCAUCCGAAAAGACCUGUUAAAGGCUUAGCAGCUACAAUAGAAGAACCAAGUGGUAAACGUCUAUGGACUAAAUUUCAAGAAUUAUCAGACGGAUCUCUUGAUAUAUUCUUUGAACAAUGUUUUGUUUAUAACUUUUGUCCGCUUCUCUUUUACAAUAGCAAGGGUGAUUAUAUUUCUCCCCAGAAUUUGAAAGCACCUUAUAAGCGACAAAUUGGCAAUGCUUGUUUACAUACUAUCGAACAAAUAUUAGAAUUAAUACAACCGGAAGUUAUUGUAGCCAUUGGACGUUAUGCAUAUGAUAAUCUUAAAGCAGUAAAAUAUUGCAUUGAAAAACGUCUAUUAUAUCUACGUCAUCCCAGUCCAAGAGCAUUAUUUCAGAAAAACCAACAAAAUAAACACAAACUGAUGAAAUCAGCAACCAUAGAGUACAUAGAAGGGAAACUCUGCUGUCAAGCACCUAAGUCUGUUGUCAAAAGCCUUAGUCGUCUGAAUUUAGUAAUAGGUAGUAUUAGUGUAUUCCCCAUAGUUGGCAUAACUCAACAAACACAAAAUCUAAUGUUUGAAAAAGUUAUUAGAUCUUAUUUAAUAUUAAACAUUUACGGUUCUUUAAAAGGAGAAAUGGAUGUAAUGUUUGCAUUAGAUUUCCAGUUUAAAAAUUAAAAAAAACAUAUGAUUUACAAUCUUUCUCGACCUUACGUGAAACCUCUGUGUUUGCUGGGUGCCUUAUCCAGAAAUUCAGACUUCACCUUUCAUCAGUCUUUUAACCAACAUUAUCUUCCCACGAUUUUGGAUUUAAACAAAAGUCACCGAAGAGACCUCUCCAAUAACCGGGACAUGGCAAAAAUUACAAUCCAGACGAGUAAGAGAACGUACAUUAAUGUUUUAAUUUUGAUAUGUUUUUAUUUAAAAUUAAAAAUAUUUUAUUUAUUAUUUACAUUCAUUUUGACAAAUGACUGUGGGUAACUCUAACAGGUGGUAUGUUGAAUUCACAGUACAGUGAAGAGCCUAUGUUUUCAAAAAAAUAAUGACAACUUUCUCCUCUAUGCGUUUCUCUAUGUCAGAAACAAUUAUUUUAAUUGAUUACGAUUUUACUAAAAGUAUUUGAGAAAUAAAUCACAAUUUUAAACAACUAGUUGAUUGUAAGUUUUUGUUUGCAAUUUGAAAUGGAUAAAUAAUAUAUAUUUGUUGCGAAUGGAUAAUUCUACUCCGGCGGAGUAAUUUUCAAUAUUUGGCCAUAAUGUUGCAGCCGCCGGACGGAUAAAUACCUCAUAUGGGUUUUGUUAUAUAAAGCGUUCCGGAAUAGACUUUUUUAGUUAAUCUCUUUAUCUACAUAGUGUAUA